AUGCCUUCCACUAAAACUGCAAUAUCUUAUGUAAAAUAUAGAGAAUCAUUGCUUAAUCAAUACUCAGAAUCAGAAAGAGAUCAUUACUGUCAACAGUUUGAUUAUGCCUUGACACCUUUGGCCUUAAAGCCUGAACCAAUUCCGGAGUACGUUGAGGAGCCACUGUGUGUUAAUAAUUUGUGCGAUCCAGAGGAGCUUACGGUUAGUAAGUUUAUGCAAGCAUUUAAAGCAGAUGAAUUUGAAGGAUUGGAACUAGUUUUCUCCCAUUUAGUUAAUGUUUUGAUUUUAAGUAAGCUCGGAUGCUCAGUAAAUUUGAACGCGAGCGUGUACAAAUUGAUUUUGAGGUACUUUGCGCCUUUAAAAAACGGAAGUUUCAGAGUUGACACAAAAUAUAAGUUUAACUUGAAGUUAAAAAGAAACAAAAGAGUGUUUAGUGUAAGAAGAUGCAGGUUGAGUAAGUCUAGAAGAUACAUGUUUAAAAGUAUGUUAAACCUUUUGAACGCUUGUUUGUACAUUAAAAGGUCUGUGACGGGAGUAGAAAUUCAACUGAAGGACGUGUUGAAAGUAAUACACUACGUAUUACUGUAUCGCAAAGGCGACAGAGAGUGGGAGACCACGGAGAUCACGCACUGCCAAAGCAACCAGGGUUACGUGAGUGUAUCACACACGCUGUCGAACACGCUGUUCAACGGAAACCUUAAGCCGGACCUGUAUGUGUCCUCAGCCUCGAGGUGGAGAAGGUUCGACUCAGAGUAUUUCAGAGAAGUGACGUCGACCCUGCUGAUAGCAAACGCACUUAACCUUAACAGAUACGCAGGAGAAAUAUACAGUGAUUUCAAGAGGAACCUGAGCAACAGUUUUAACGAGAACUGGACCGAACACUGCUCUAACAACAGAAAUAGGUUGAACGGAAGUUUGGACCAUAUAAGGAAGCUGUACGGAGCAUUGAACGAGGAGUGGCCACUGAGAAGGGAGGAACCAGUCCAUAAGUUUGGACACGCAAUUAAGUGGGUGCCGAAGAACCUGAUGGUGGAUGGGCGCUACAACCUGGAGUUUUUGAGGUACACGCUGUACGUGGUGAAGGGGCUGCUGAGAGACGGGUCGAGGAUGUCGAUACUGACAAUAAUUGAGAUGGUAGUGCACUAUUUCACGCACAGCACAAUAAAGGUGGGAUUUCUGAAGUGCGCAACGCCAUACAAGUGCCUGGAGUGCACGUCUGUAUUCACGGAGGUGUACACGAGUCUGCUGGAAGUGCUGGAAGGGCUGAGGGCGCUUAACUACAGCUACGCGCACCUGUUCCUGGUGAGGAUGCUGAUCAAGAACGAAAUCGAGAGGAUAAAGACGAGUUUUUUCGGCUCGUACACAGAUGACCUGGCAAACUUUAUAUCGGACUACAAGUACGAGGAGGACGAAAAGGAGUACCUGGAGCGAAGCCUGGUCAAGAGCCACUACACACCCAGGUUCUCUAAGUUCCUUAAGUUCAGAGUCACGUCAAGGCUGCUGAGGGCGUGCAUGUCAGGGAACGUGAACAUCGUCAUCAAGGAGAACAGCCUGUCGACGUCCUCGAAGUGCUCCUGGUACCUGAAGCUGCUGAUGUGCGUGGACACGCACGUGAACAAGGUGGACGCGUCCUCGGCGCUUAACAAGAGCCUGAGCACGUCGACGUACAUGCACCUGGACCAGCUGAACAACAACAGGCCGAGGGCAGGAACGUACAGCCCACCGUACUGGGGAAACAGUGUGCUUUCGGACGAGAUGGACAUACUGUACAACCUGUACGCUAACAAGCCCUCGAUACACCAGUACCUGGCAGCAUUCACACUCUCGGACGAGUUGAACGUGAUACAGAGGACGCAGGCGUGUCUGGUGCUCUCGAAGAACCUGAGCUACGUGGAGGCGGUGCUGGAGCAACUGGUGCAGUGCCUGGUGAUAGACCCAGGGGACCGCAUAAUAAACCUGCUCUACAUAGCGCUCGACAACGGCAAAAUAAGGAACAAGAUCCUGUACAACCUGGCGUGUCUGAUCCACUCGAACAUAAGCACGGCGACAAACCACAAAAUAAACGCGUUCAUAGUAAGUGUGCGUGAAUUAAUGCAUUUUCAGAAAUUCAUAUUCGACUCACUCCCAGAUCAAGUUAAGAGCAUGUACAUAAAUCAGAUAUCACUGCACGGAAAACUGCUGGAGCUCACCAUGAAUUUGGCGGAUUUACCAAUGUCGAAGAGAUACGACGAGUUGAGUAAGAAGAUACAGGAGAUAAGUCAGUCAAUAAAGGAAGAGUCAAACGUGUACCUGUACGAAGAACUUAAUGCAAGUUUUAUGGAUAAUCGUCAAGGUAAUAGUGGCACGAAACGUAGUGGUAGCUGGUGUAGUCAAGCUACUAGCGGCACUAAAGGUGAAACUAGUGCUACUCUAAGUACAAGCGCAAGUGGCGGCGAUAGUAUUGACCUAAGUGGAAAAGGCUAUACGAAUUAUCGCUGCCAUUUUACUGGAGGCAACAAUGCCAGUUACACUAACAAAACUAGUAAGUUUGGUAACACCGGUAGUGGCAAAGACACUGCUGCUAAAGUUGAUAUGGAAGGCAGCUGCAGUGAUACUCAUGAGAUAGAGUGCGAUAAGAUAGUGGGAAUAGACGUGGACUCGGUUAAAAUUCUGCACUCUGCGACGAGAGUGCCCUUCAUGCUGACGUAUAAGCUGAAGGGCGGCAAGGAAAGAACGUACAUAUAUAAGAUGAGGGACGACCUGAGGCAGGACAGCCUGGUGAUUCAAAUAAAAAACUUCAUGCUCGGCAUAUUCGAAAGCCACGACCUGAGAGUGUUCCUGCAGCCCUUUCUAGUGGUGCCGUACUCGUCAGUGCUGGGAGAAAUAUUCUCAAACGGCACAGUCAACGAAGUGACGCCGAGACUGCACCUGCCGAGAAAGGAGUUCGAGAUCGGAGGAAUAGUGGGAUUCAUCCCGAACACGAUAAGCAGGCACAACAUAGGAAAGGAGGCCUGCGUGUCGAUAAAGCACUACUUCCUCAAGAGGUUCGGCCACGAGAAGUCCCCGAACUACAUUAGAGCAGUGGACAACUUCAUAACGUCGCUGGCAGGGUACGCGUUGCUGUCCUUUCUUCUGCAGGUGAAAGAUAGGCACAACGGGAACCUGCUCUUCACAACGAGCGGGCACAUCAUACACAUCGACUUCGGCUUCAUACUGGGCGCGUCGCCGGCAAAGGACCUCCAGUUUGAACUCGCGCCCUUCAAGUUCACGCAGGAGAUGGUGGAGUUCAUGGGAGGCUACAACUCGGACAACUUCAAGAAGUUCAUCGACCUCCUCAUCAACGCCUACUUCGCCCUGAGGACGCACUCGAACCUGGUCCUGACGCUCGUGCAGCUCCUGCAGUACUCGAACAUACCGUGCUUCAGGAAGUCGACGCUCGUAAAGCUGAAGAGGCGUCUGAGGCUCAACGACACGCCCUCUGACGCGAAGAGCUACAUCCUGCGCAAGAUAUUCUACGCGCUCCACAGCAAGACCACGAAGCUGUACGACGUCGUUCAGAACUACCAGCAGGGAAUAGAGCACUAA